UAAACCAAAAGCGUCAAAACUAAACCAAACAGAGCAGUCACUACAACCCAGCAUAUGCCAAACUCUUAACUAUCGUCCUCCUGCAGCCACAGAAACAUACAGGCGCAGAGAGUGAUACACGCUGAAAAUAAGAUAGAGGGAGGGGGGGCAGGCAGAGAGAGAGAAAGAGAGAGUGAGUGAAUAUAUGAGUGACAAAGAGAGGAAGAGAGAGGUAAGAGGAUAGAGGUGCUAACUACAUGCGCGCGACACUAGCAUGACACGUGCAGAUUGGAUUUGGUGGCUGAUGGCGGCUGAGCCAACACACUCACGCAUGAAGCUGCACUAAGAGUGAGAGAGAGACAGAGAGGAGAAAGAGGAAGAGAAGGGUUGUGUCUUUCCGGCCUAGAUUAAUGCAAGAUUAACCCAGCAGAACAACAGCAGUCUGGAAACUGAAGAAGGAACUCAACGCAGAGACUCAAUGAAGAAGAGAAGUAACGUCUGUUAAUAAGUGUCCCAACACAGAGGAACUGAGUGAUAUUACACAUGUGACAUCACCCUUACGCAAAGUGUGAAGAUCUGGAACAUCCUCAAACUCCUGCUACAUACUUAAUCCUCCAAGCAACAUCCAAAGCACAUUACAUCUACCUUCCAACCUACCUAAAACCUAGACUGUGUCAGAGAAAAGAAGUUUCCAGUGAGGUGUUUCCUCUGAAACAGGAUGUGUGGCCUAGGUCUUUUUUUAAGCACCGUCUUUUUCUCGCUGGUUCUUGGACCUCACGUAACGCUCCUGCAUGCCCAGGAGUUGGAGCCUUCAACACUCUUGAAUACAACAUCCCAAGAACCUAAAACUGAAAGCAGUGUCACUUCAUCAGAGAAUAUAGAUCUGGUCCCUUCAGCAAAGCCUGAAGAUGGAUCAAACUCCACCAUGGGAAACUUGGCUGCUGAGGCUCUUCUGUCAGUGACAGAACCUGUGUCAGCAGGCACCUUCACCGUAGCACCGCAGCAGGUUGUGACAACACCUUUACCAGAAACCAACCCUGUGACAACGCCCAGUCAAGAAGCUCCCACCACCACAGUCCAUGAUACAACCACGACGACCCAAGUGAUCACAGAUCCUGCAGGCCCAGAGCUCACAAGUUUGGUGGAGUUUGAUAAAACCACUGUAAUGAACGAAGUGACCACUACUAUGACAGAAGCAACAACACAUACUCCAACACCUGCUGUACCAACAUCUGCUCUGACAACCGUGAAAGCAUCAGAGGCCACUUCUAAGCUAAUACCCCUUACUGAGGCACCUGUGCACACCACACCCGGCGCUGUGGAAACCACAGUCAGCUCCAUGGAAACCACAACCAGCUCCAUGGCAACCACACCCAGCGCCAUGGCGACCACACACCUCAACACCAUCCUCACCACCCAGCAUCAAGCAGAAGACUCUAUCCCAGAUACUACACACCCCUUUGCUGAUUUGUCAACAACGAACACUGAGGGCUUCAACGAGACUGUCGCUGUAAAUGAAAUCAGUGGAAAUGAGAGUGUAUCCGGUGGAACAGUUUCCAAACGGCUGACCUUUAUCAUCAUUGCUGUGGUGGUCAUUGCCUGUUUGAUAAUAUUCACGUUCUGUGUCAUCAUAUUAGUAAAACGCAGAAAGAGACGCGGCACGCAGCAUUUCGGCCAGGGGUACAUGAACGGGCGGAGCCAGAGGUCCAAGAAAAAGAAAGGCGAGGAUGACGCUUGGGCAGGGCCUGUGAAUCUGGAGGGAGGGGAAAAGGGCCAGUGUGAGGGUCCAGAAGAGGGGGGACAAGGAGAUGAUAAAAACCCAGACGGGACCGACGCUGUGCUUAGUACGUUUGCGGCUGUGGAUGAAAAUGGUGGAAUCGGACGGCCUGGAUCAAUGGAGGUUCAGAAAUGGGAGGAGAAAGAACCUCUGCUAUACAUUGACGAGGAAGCGAAGGGAGAGGGCAGGGAAAAACAAAAGGAAGCGGGGCAAAAAGAGGAAGAAGACACCAAAGGAAAGACAGAAAUGGAGGAGCCCAAGGUGAAUGGAGGUGAAGCGUUUUGUCUCACCACUGCUGUGUGAAAUGAACUGGUGUACGAAACGAACUUUCUCAUUCUUUGACUGUUGACUUUUUAUGCCAUAGUCCAAAUCCUUCAGUAGUUUGCUGCCAUCUACUGCACCUCGAUACAUAGCAGGGCUGUAUUGUUUUGAUUUUCCAGUCAGUUUCAUACUGGGUAGACAGAGUUGCAAUGUCUUUACUGCUCUUCACUUUGAUACAUGUUUUUAAGAA